UUGGCUCUUGACUCGCUGGUUGUAGGAAAAGAUGGCUGCUUCGGCGGCAACCCCGACUUCUUCCUCCGGUCUGAGUCCAAACUACGCCUCGAUCUGCUCCUUCCUGGAGCGGUACGGAGCGCUGCUGGACCUGCCGGAGCUCACCUUCCCGCAGCUGGAGCGAUACCUGCAGGACACAUCCUCCGUUCCAAAGCUGCUGGUUGAUAUUCACGUCAAAUUGCUGAGGAAGAUUGGCAAGUCGGUGUCAGCGGACAGAUGGGAGAAGUAUCUAGUGAAGGUAUGUCAAGAGUUCAACACAACGUGGGCAUGGGAACUGGAACAGAAAGGAUACCAGGAGCUGCCGGCGGAGUGCAAGACGGGGAUACUUAAAUAUUUGUGUGAGUGUCAGUUUGAUGACAAUGUUAAGUUCAAAACCGCCAUCAAUGAGGAGGACCCGGAUAAGAUGCGUCUGCAGCCGAUCGGCCGGGACAAAGACGGUCAGAUGUACUGGUAUCAACUGGACCAGGACGACAACGUGCGUGUUUACGUGGAGGAGCAGGACGACUUGGACGGGUCGUCGUGGAAGUGCAUUGUCAGUAGUAGAAAUGACUUGGCUGAGGUUCUGGCUCUGCUCAAGACACAAAUUGACCCGGCGCUAUUAAAAAAAGACGAAGAAGCCAAACUUGCCGGUGAAGAGGGUAAAACAGAAGACGGUGAAGUUAAAAAGAGUGAGGACACAUCAGAUGAAGACAUUAAAGACUCCAACAAGACUGUCGGUCCAGUUUCGCCAAAGACGGAGAACGAUGAAAAAGUAACGCAGAAAGAUGACUUGAAAUCAGAAGCUUCUGAGGCCAAAUCGUCACUGAACGGCAUCAUUGUAGGCAUCAUUGAAGGCAAAGCUGAAGCAGAGCUCUGUUCAGAAAAAUCGGCCGUCGAUCUCAGUUCAGAAAAAUCUGCCGUGGAUCUCAGUUCAGAAAAAUCGGCCGUGGAUCUCAGUGUCGGUACAAAAGCCCAGAGCAUCAAAGAAGAGCCGAUGGACGUGUCGGAUGCUAAAACAAGCACAGCAACAAGCGAACCUGCCGCUGAGACGCCAUGUAUAUCAGUAAAGGCAGAAAAGGGAGAGGAGGCCAAGAAGAGCAGCGUGGAGGAGAUUCAACAAGCUCUGAAGAACGACCAACAGGCCAAAAUCCCUUUGAAAAAAAGAGGAAUGAAGUUUACUGAAGACUUUGAGAAAAGCAGUGGCAUCAUAGUGCAAAACCCGUCUGUUCCUCAGGUCAAGGAGGCUCCUAAACCUGACCCGACUCCUGAACAGACGAAGAAAGUAAAUGAUCAUGUUAACGGCGAAGUUCAGCCUGCGUCAGAGAAAGACCUCCAGGGUCGUUCAAGCGGGUCACUAAAAGACGCCGGCGUCGACAAAGAGCAGACGACUGAACCAGCUGCAGGUAAAUCUGUAGAAAAGAGAGACUCUCCAGCUGCAGACAAGGAGGACACGAAAGAUAAAAAGGAUGAAGCAUCGAACCAAGCAGACUCUGGCAAGAAAAAUCUAGAUGUGCAGGUAGAAAAGGAAAGCACGGCAUCAAAAGAAAAGAAAGGGGAACCGCCGCCUUUACCUAAAGACGUAAAUAAUGCAGCAGAGAGGCCGUCUAAUCAUGGAGAGCAUCAAAAAAACAUUGAUACGAAAGAGUCUCGUCCAGAAGACAAGACAUUAAAGAUAACUGAUAAAACAUUAACAACUGGUGAGUCAGAGAAAGUCACAUCCAAAGAAUCAAAAGAUUCAGAGGCAAAACCAGCCGGUGCAGAAGCAUCAGAGUCGAGUAAGACUGAAGAAACAAAGACGUCAGAAAAUGUAACAGUGAGUGAUGCUAAAGAAACGGCGACAUGUGAGGCUAAUGUAGAGAAAUCGGAUAAAUCGGCGCCGAAAGAAAAGCCGGGAGUCAUCAAAACAACAGACAAAGAUCCUGCAAAGAAAUCUGAAAACACGGCGUCACCGUCUGUCAUUAAAAAGACAGAAAUCCUAAAAAACAGUGAUAAGACAGAAACCACACAAAGCUGUAAUGUCAUUAAAAAGGCAGACAAACCAGCAAUCUGUGAGAAAUCAGAAGGAACACCUGAAGAGAGUGUGGAGUCGUCUGUUAUUAAAAAGCUCGACAAAUCAUGUAAACCUGUUGACAACGUCAAAGAUGCAGAGAUGAAACCAGAGAAAGCCUCUGAGACUAACGCUGAGAAGACAGAGAAGACAGAAGCUGUAAAGAAACCUGUCAACUGUGAUGGUACGAUACAUGAUGUUUCCAGGAUAAGCGAGUCCGCUCCCGCGUCUAUGGAGGUGGAAGCAGUGGCCGUUAAACCCGAUCUGACAAAGCCACAAGAGGAUGACAAAACUGAGAUUAACUCACGAAAGAAGACCGAGGAAGCAUCUGAAGGGAAAGAUAAACCAUCCAGCGCUGUGGAGGAGACAAACGUCUCUAAAGAAACUGAUAAAAGACCAGACGCACAGCAGGAAAAGGUGUCUGAAGAACAGCCUAAAAAAAUGGAGGCAGAGCGUCCGUCAUCAGAAAGUGAAAAGGAUGCUGACAAGAAAAAGGACACAGAGCAGGAAAUGAAAAAGGACACGGACAAGGAAAAGAAAAAAGACACGGACAAGGACACAGACAAGGACACGGACAAGGAAAAGCAAAAGGACACAGACAAGGAAAAGAAAAAGGACAUGGACAAAGAAAAACAAUUGGACACGGUCAAAGAAACGAAAAAGGACACAGACAAAGAAAAGAAAAAGGACACAAACAAGGACACAGACAAGGAAAAGAAAAAGGACAUGGACAAACAAAAGAAAAAGGACACAGACAGUGAAAAGAAAAGGGACACAGUCAAGGAAAUGAAAAAGGACACAGACAAGGAAAAACAAUUGGACACGGUCAAGGAAACAAAAAAGGACACAGACAAGGACACAGACAAGGAAAAGAAAAAGGACACAGACAAAGAAAAGCAAAAGGACACGGUCAAGGAAACGAAAAAGGACAUAGACAGUGAAAAGAAAAAGGACACAGUCAAGGAAAAACAGUUGGACACGGUCAAGGAAACGAAAAAGGACACAGACAAAGAAAAGAAAAAGGACACAGACAAGGAAAAGCAAAAGGACAUGGUCAAGGAAACAAAAAAGGACACAGACAAGGAAAAACAAUUGGACACGGUCAAGGAAAAGGACACAGACAAAGAAAAGAAAAAGGACACAGACCAGGAAAAGAAAAAGGACACAGACAAGGAAAAGAAAAAGGACACGGAUAAAGAAAAGAAAAAGGACACAGACAUGGAAAAGAAAAAGGACACAGACAAGGAAAAGCAAAAGGACACAGUCAAGGAAACGAAAAAGGACACAGACAGGAAUACAAAUAAGGACAUGGAUAAAGAAAAGAAAACAGACUCAGCAAAAAAUCAAAAGGACGCAGGCAAGGAAACAAUAAAGGACACAGAGAAGGAAAAGAAAAAGGUCACAGACGAAAAACAAAAUGAGACAGUCAAGGAAAAAAAUAAGGAUACGGACAAAGAAAAGCAAAAGGACACAGUCAAGGAAACGAAAAAGGACAUAGACAAGAAAACAAUUAAGGACACGGACAAAGAAAAGAAAACGGACGCAGAAGAAAAUCAAGAAGACACAGUCAAGAAAAAGGACACAGACAAAGAACAGCAAAAGGACACAGUCAAGGAAACGAAAAAGGACACAGACAAGAAAACAAAUAAGGACACGGACAAAGAAAAGCAAAAGGAAACCGACGAGGGAAAACUUAAAAAAGACAGUGAGAAACACCUGUGUCAAGACAAAGACAAUAAAGAGGAUUCCACAACAGAUAAACUCUCAAAAACAGACGAAACAAAAGAGGAGAAGCUUGGUAAUAAAGAGAGUGAAGCCGCGACCAAAACGGUGGAAUCUGGUCAACAAAAUGUGAGCAAAGAAACCGACGGCAAAUCCUCAACUGAAACGGAGAAAGACAGCCACCCAAGCAAAGAACCGGAGAGCGAAAAGCCCACUGACGAGGAAAGUAAAAGCAAAAGUGAAGAAGAAGACUCUGUGGCAAAAAAGAAGGUAGCAAACGGCGGGAAAACUCAGGCUUCCCGUCGGAGAGUCAGGCCCCUAGCCCACCGGAGGAAAGCCAAACUUCAGAGAGAGGAGAGACAAGCGGAUUCAGAGUCCGAUACGAACACGGGGAGAUCUCUCCGGAGAUCACCGAGGAUCUCCAGACCGACGUCAAAGGCAGUAGAGAUCCACGACAGGAAGCUGGAGAAAUCACAGGCGUCUGAAAAGCGCGAGGACGACAAGGAUGAGAAAGAAGAAAAAGACGAGGAGGACAAAGAGGAGGAAGAGGAGGAGAAAGCUGUUCAGAGGAAACCAAGAGAGAAAAAGGCCGAUCAGGAGGGUCAGCCCAAACCGAAGGGGAGAAAGAGACGGAGGCUUCGGUGGUCCAACACGCGAACGCGCCGCAGAAAGAAAGGCUCCGAAGACGAGGACGGCAACAGCGACGAGGAGUCCAGUGAGGAGGAGGAGGAGAGCGAGGACCCCAGCGACGAAGACUACAAGGUGGAGCGAAGCAGAAAGCGGCGAAAUCGUAACCGAGAAAGACGAAGCUCGGACUCCUCGACGUCCACAGACGACGACCUACCUCCAAAUGACGACCCCUGCAAACAUUGUGGUCUUCCAAAUCACCCUGAGCUGAUCUUGCUGUGUGAUUCGUGUGACAGCGGGUACCACACAGCCUGUCUGAGGCCUCCGCUCAUGAUCAUCCCCGACGGAGAAUGGUUCUGUCCACCAUGUCAACAUAAGCUACUCUGCGACAAACUAGAAGAGCAGCUCGUAAAUCUCGACGCUUCUUUGAAAAAGAAAGAACGGGCCGAGAGAAGGAAAGAGCGUCUCAUUUACGUUGGAAUCAGUCUUGAAAACAUCAUCACGCCCUCAGGGGAUGUGGAGGAAGAAAAGCCAGAGAUCAUCAUCAAAGAGAAGAAAGAAGCAAAGCGAAAAAGCUGGGGUCGACGGUCAACGAGGAAUAAGAAAUCCAUCAGCUACAGAUUUGACGAAUUUGACGAGGCGAUCGAGGAGGCAAUUGAGGAAGACAUCAAAGAAGCAGAGGGCGGAGGAGCUGGACGGGGUAAAGACAUGGCCAACAUCACGGGGCUCAGAGGAAAGGAUAUGUCCGCCAUCACUCAAGCAGAUGAGGGCAAGGAAAACGGUACCCCUCAACCACAACUGCCGGCCGGUCUGCGCAGGAAAAAACGCCGGCGACUCAAUGACCUGGACAGCGACAGCACCGUGGACGAGGAGGAGAGUGAGGAGGAGUUUCGCAUCAGUGAAAGCUCAGAAGAAGAGUUUGUCGUGUCGGAGAAUAACUCAGACGCUGAAUCGGAUGCGGACUCCAACAACAGCGACAGCAGCGGUAAGCGGCGCGUUGCUUCGCGGCGCAGAUUGACUGCGAAACGACGACGAAGCUCCAGAAAGCGGCGAAGACCGAGAGGGUACUCGGAUGAUGAAGAGGAGGAAACGGAUGAGGAGGAUGAAGAUGAGAUAGUGACUGAAGGCUCCAGCGAGUACAGCGACAGUGAUCUGGACAUGAGUCGACGGCGGUCUCGGCGGAGUCAGAAGAAGCAGGUGAACUACCGGGAGACGUCCGAGUCCGAAGGCUCUCAGGCAGAAACCAACGUAGCCAGGAUGAGACCCAGAGGCCGCCGGGACAGCUCUAGCAGCGAGGCGAGUUUCUCCAGAGGCUCCGAGGAGGAGUCGAGGGAUCGGAGGGUGAAGAGGAAAGGCGACUCCUCGGAUGAAGAUUCCCGGCAGCGGCGCAUGCGUCUUUCGCUAAAACGCAGGAGAGCUUCCGAAGACGACGACUCGGACGACGACUCGGACGAAUCGUCGGAGGAGGAUCGUCCCGUCCGUAAACGCGUGAACCGCAUCGACUCGGACGAUGAUGAUGAAGAGGAGGAGGAGAAGAAGGAGGAGAAGGAGGAGGAGAAACCGAAGGAGAAGAAAGCAGCAGACGAGGAGUCAAAGGGAACAAACCCAGUGGACUGCAAUCCGGCGGAGCUUCCACCCACCAACGGACAGAGCCCGAUAAAGAGCCUCGAGGGCCUCGUCAGCCGGCCCGCCACCGCCGCCGCUCCAGGCCCACAUCCGGAGCCCAAAAACACCAGCGCCACGCCAGCCGCUGCCAUUGCACCAAACGGUCAGGUUGGCCAGGAGAUGCCGGCACAGGACGAAGACGAAGACGACCUGUUAGGAGUCACAGACCUGGUGGACUACGUCUGCAAUAACGAAGAUUUGUAAAAAAAAAGAAAGAAAAAAAAUGGUGUACUGUUUCAUUUUUUGUGGUAUUGUAUUUUUAUAUUGCUUAACUUUAUUAUUCCCUCCCCCACCAACACGUCCUCGUCGUCCUUUUUACUCGUGUCAUCUGGAGCAAUCUCUGCUACAGUAAGAACUGGAUCCCUGACACCAGUCUGAUGCUGUCCCUGUGGGAUUGUACUGCAAAUAAGGGCACCGAACUAUCAACUCUCAUUUGUUUGGUAAUCACAUCAUCCAGCUCCACUGCCAAACCACCUCCUCCCUCCAAAAACAAGUCAUUUCUCCUCUCACAUCAUACCGUUUCUUUUGUUUCUGCAGAUUUUAUCUCCCGUACUCGUCUACAUUGAAAUAGUUUAAUGUGUAGGAAAUGGUUUAAGACUUCCUGUUUGAAUGCUAAACGACUGGGGUUUCUUUUUUUUUAAGAGUAUAAUAAGUCAUUCCAUAAUUGAUUUAAAGUUCUUGGCAUCCGUUAAAAAAAUAUUCAUGAUUUUACGUUUGACAUUUUGGGAAAAGUGCUUAUUUAUCUGCCUUCAGCCAGAGAGUUUUUUGGCUUUUUUUGCAUCUAUUAGAUAGUACAGCCGAAGACAUGCAGCAAAAGGUCGGAUUCGAAAAAUGGUCGCUGCUGAGGUCUCAGCCUUUGUACAUACAGAAUAUGUAUGAAAACAUUAAUGUGCAUUUAAAGUCAUUUAAAUUUUAGCAGCAAUAGUAGUACUUCAGGAAUGUUUCAUGCUUAUCGUGAUAACGCUGUUUACCGUUAUAUUAUCACAGCAUGAAAAGUUGAUACCAGUAAAUCCCAAGUCCGCCUACUAACACCUAUAGCUAAAUCUGUGCAAAAACGUUGAUUCGCAGACGCAUCAUCCUCCAUAAAACGGCAAAUUGGCGGGUUUUUUACACUUCCCGUUUUGCACAGAAUCUGUACUGUAGUGUAAAAACGUUAGUUUGCCGUUUUGUUUCUGUACUACAGAUUUAAAAGAUGAGAUGUAAUGCGUUAAUUGGUGCAUUUUGUUCCCUUUUGGGCAAAGCAAGGCCUGCGGUUUACCCCUGUUUCCAGUCUUUGUGCUAAGUAGGGUAUCAAAGAGUGUAUGUAGGUUGUAGGGGGUGAUAACUGUAUUAUAUAUAAAAAAUAUCACGAUAAUAUCUAUAGAAAUUAUUGCAAUAUUAUCAUUUAUCCUUUUGGUGACGCUAAUAGUGUGAAAAUCUGAUAUUGUGAUAGCCCUAGUGCUAAGCCAACUGACUGCAAGCCUUAUAUUUAAUGCUCAGAUGUGUGUCACUCUAACUCUCCUCCUGAAAUCGAAUAAGCGUAUUUCCCAAAACGUCAACCUAUUCCGGCUUUUUGUUUUGUUUUCAAACAUAAUUUAUGAAAGCUUUAGAUGAGACUAUUUAUUCUUGUCGAAUAACCUUCUAGACUAAUAACUAGUCGACCGACCUUCAUUUGUCAGCCUUCUCCUUCGGACUUUCUGUUGAAUCAUAGAGUAGCUUUUGUAUAUUGUAUACAUAUAUAAUUAUUUUAACUAUGUGCGCUGCCAUCAGUAUCAGUGGUGAACCCUCUGUUUCUUUGAGUACUAUGUUGGGAAACAAAAAUCAGAUGUAAAACGUCCCUCCUCUUCUUGAGCUUUAGUUUAGUUUCCUGUUAUUACUUUUGUUACUUUUUUUUUUAAUAAUGUAUUUUUUGUAUAUCUAAACUUUUAUUUGUUGUCUCUGUUGAGCGAAAUGUAAAGUGUCUUAUUUUCUUUGACCAUUGUCCUUCAUAGAAGGUUCAAAAACCUGCAGACCCGCGGCUUUUAUUAACUAAAAUAACACUAAGCUCCAAAACACCCCCUCUUCUUUUCGGUUUUAUUCCCCUCCCCUGAAUCUUCAUGUGUUUUUAUUCACAUUCUCUAUUUUCAUAAUCUUGAGUUGACGUUCGGGUCAGCUGACUUUUAAACCUCAAAUCAAGAUUGUGAAAAAUAACCAACUUAGUGGAACAAUUUUUGUUUUUGAAGCGAUAGUCAGGAUGCAGUUUUUGAAUGAGGGAAAUGGACAGAAAAAAACAAAACAAACCAAUGACUUCACUGACCUCUGCUGGAACCAGUCUGUGUGUAUAUCUGUAGUUUUUUGCUGUAAUAUAUUUAGAGGCAUUUUUUUAAUCAUGGAAAAAUAUAUUGGGCAAUUCUUUGGGAUUGCAUGACUUUCUAAUAGUUUUCUUUUGUAGGGAAGUAAUAUUGGCACAACAGUUUUUUUUGUAACAAAACCAGAAAAACUUUGGCAUGUUUUUAAAGGAUCUCCUGACCUGUUGUUGCUGAAGGACUUGUUACGUAGACGCCGCAGCAUCUCAUCAUUUUGCAGUGAAACUGCAUCGGUAAGCAUGCGCUGACCUACUAAAGGCAUGUUAUAGAAGCUUGGGGGGAGAGAAAGAGAAAGGAUUAUCGUAGAAAAUAAUCUAGGGCAUCUGAUUUAAGAGAGGAAAUGAAGCCUGUUUGUAAAAUAUUUUGUAAAUUAGUCUCAGCAUGGUCUUCACAGAGGAAAAACCACUCUAUUUAUCAUACCGUUUUGAUACCGGCGAUGGCCAAAACAUGACUUCCAAGACAAAAGCCUAUAUGUGCUGCUUGCAAUGCACACAACUUGGGCCUCUAUACACACACACACAUAUUUAGCUUUUAGAGUAGCUGGACAGAAUAUAGAUAGAAAAACCCAAUUCUACAAAUGUAAUAAUAGAAAGUGUGUGUUCUGGUGGGUUGAGUCUGAGUAAAGGAAUGUCUGUGUGCUGUUUGUAACCCUGUUUUAAAUUCUCCACAGAGAUGAGGAGAGUGUAUUAAUAUGUUGUCUCACGGUUAUGAAAUAACCUGUAGCAAGACCUGCGUUAGAAGAGAGAGAGAGGAAGCGACAAAAAUAAAAGGCUGCGAUGGGAUUAACGGAGGAAGUCGGUGCCAAUGACUGAAGUGUUAAACAGAGUUUCCUAUUUACCUCAUGAUGAAUCUGGGAGGAAAGACACCCUGUCCACUGUGUAUAGAUGCUAGUAGACUGGUUGUUGGUGUUUUUGUCUGCUCCUUACAUUUUUGUUAACUUUACUGUUAUUUCAUAUGAAUCUGAUCUUGUACAUUUGUCAUAAUAAAAUGGGUUUCGAGCCUCACGA